AAAUAGCAAGUAGGUUCGUCCAUUAAAAUUUAGAUGGAAGCCAACUCGUUUUGCAAGGAAGACACGGCACGCGGGUAAAUUGCUCCCCAAGGCUCUUGCGCCCCAAGCCUCGUCACCAACUCCAAGGUUAUAUUUUCUUCCUACACUGGUUUCAGAGACUCACUUCUUUGGCGGCGAAGCUUCAAACCCUCUUUAACUGAUCCACUUCUGCGUUCCUCACCCUCUCUUUAACAGAAUAGUAUAUGGGCUUUCAUUGAUUUGGCUGCUAAUUCAAGCUACAGCUAUGGCCACGAAUACGGAAAAUGAAUCUACAGUCUCAAGAGAAGUAGAAAAGCCUCCAAUUGAGCCUAUACGGUUGCCUUCGGUCGAGGAGAUUCGAGGCCAAGACAUUUGGAACAACUGUGCUGUGCGUAGUGUUGUUAGUGGAGUUAUGGGUGGUGGGCUUGGAUUGAUGAUGGGCUUGCUUCUUGGGGCGUUAGACACUCCUCUAAUGCAAGACGAAAUGACUGGCAGACAGCAGUUCAUAUACCAAGCAAAGCAGAUGGGCCGGAGGAGUUGGAGUUCUGCAAGAGCAUUUGCAGUUAUGGGGUUUGUUUUCUCAGCUGCUGAGUGUGUUGUUGAAAAGGCACGAGCUAAACAUGACACAACAAAUACAGUUGUUGCUGGAUGUGUAACUGGAGGUGCGCUGUCAGCAAAAGGCGGUCCACAAGCAGCCUGUGUUGGCUGUGCUGGUUUUGCUGCAUUUUCAGUGCUGAUAGAGAAGUUUUUGGAUAGACAUGAUUGAAUUUGAGGGCAUUGCUAUGUUGCCCCAUUUUUGCAGACUAAAAGUACACAGAUCAGUAGAAGAGAAAUAGCAUCUUGGCCUGCAGUAAUACAGAUGUUUUUGCUUAGAUUCAACUUCAGCCCUUGUUAUUAUUAUUUAUCCCCUUUUAUGAAGGGAUGUACCAGCUAAAUUACAAAGCCAAUCAUUUUGUAUUAUGUUAUUCUGUUGACUGCAGUUCCAGUUUCAUAAUUUCAACAGAGGAUAUGUAACUGAGGAAAUUGAAUGGAUUAUAGAGAAUGUUUGCUGCAAGAUUCAAAUAAAUACGUAGAAGGGAAUUUAUUGUUC